AUGUCUUUAGGCUUUUCUCUUGGUGAUUUUAUUGCUGUCGCGCAACUGGCGUACCAGCUAAGUAAGAUGCUCUCCGAGAGUAAAGGUGCCGCUGAGGAGUAUCGCACACUUAUUACAGAACUGGAUGUCGUCCAUCGAGUUCUCCUCCAGGUGAAUGAUCUACGCGCAUCCAACCAGCUUUCUCAAGCCACAGUGAAUGCUCUUCUAUUCACCGUCAACUCUACGAGGGAAUUAAUCGGAUCGUUCUUGGAUAGCCACUCUGCGUAUAGCAGCAGCUUGAAACCUGGAGGUUCUGGAAACCCGAUCAAAGACAUGCUUAUAAAGGGCAGCGUCGAGCUACGUCCUAGGAUGGGCCGGCCUACCCAAUGGAAGGACAUCCGAACCUUCGGAAGUAUAUAUAGCACAGCAACUGCAUUGGAUCAAGUCUGGAUCAAAGAAUUUGAAAUGCAAAAAAAACCAAUCUCAUUUUUCAGGCCAGGGCAGAUUUUCGCUGCGCAAAUCACCUCUCGUCUAUCUUUCGAAAACAAGCGUGCUUUUCGAAAGGUUGACUUUGGAAAUCUCCCAUUGGCACCAAUCCCGAAGUUGAAAGCCGUCGCGGACAGAGAGCAGCUCGAAGACAUGAUCAAGCGCCUCACCCAGAUACGGCAGCUCCCCCUUGACAGAAUGACUCGCUACUGCAGAGAUAUACCAGGUGAUAGGAAGAGUGUGCAGUGUCUGCUUUGUGGUCAAAAUUCUCGCAUUUUGCAAGAUUAUUGGGCAACGCAACAUUUUCGAGCUUGCCACAAAGAAUAUUACUUUGGGUUGAAACAAGACGAGAAUUCGGCGAACCUCAAGGUAAUUCCAUGGAAAAAACAACUCAAGAAGCUUCCUCAUUCAACAAGUACAGAGUUUUCAGCAGAGAAGUGGAUAGUAUUGGAGGAUAUAACAAUAGACGUUCCUAUCCAGGAAGACUGGGAUUUUUCAGGUUGGGAUAUUUCGCAACAAUAUUAUUUGGACGUUGGCGGCCCCAUCAUGAUCCAACGAUUUGUUGUGGUCCGUGAAGAUAACAAAUGUUGCUUAUGUCUGGGCAUUCAUACAUAUAUGAAACAGGGGUGUGGAAAUCAGUCAGAUCAAGAACUUCAUGGUGUCCUCAGCUCUGAAAAAUCCCCUCCACCGCUUGCACCCAAUGAGACGAAAGUUAUCCUGUCUCCAGUGCGGAUGAAGCCCGAUCAUCCCUCUUUGGCUCUAUCCAACACUGCUCGUAUCCACUACGGCCGCGCAUACGAAAUUAGCCACGCAAUUCCUGUCCAGCCUCUUGGCUUGAUUCACCCGGCUUCCAUGGAGGUCCUGAUAAAUCAGUUUGAGGCUAACGUUACAAGAUUACAACCAGGGGAAGAUUUGGGAGACGAAUGGGAAGAAGACAUGCCAGAGAACAUAAACUCACAACAAAAGGUUGAGGAUGUGACACCCAGCAUAAAAGGAGCUUAUACACGUAGAAAUAUUGUAAAGGAUAUGCGGAGGAGCAUGAAAAAGGUCCUCGGGCCGAAAUUGCCACCGCCAAGUGGCAUGUACCAUGUGAGAGAUGAACACUUUGAUGAGAGACGAAUACUAUGA